UGACGGACCAAACAAAACAACAAGAAACUCAUACGAGUCUGCUUCAGUACCGCGCUGGGCUAACUCUUUGUCUCUUCAUGUUUCAUUCCGGCUUGGUGUCCGCUGUAUCGCGCCUGACUAGCCGGAAGAUGACGUCAGAGGGAUACGUUGCGAGUGGGCAAGUGGCUCGCCUUCAAUGUAUUACCUCGUUGUACCGCGACAGGCUGAGCGUUGCUGGAAGCGCGAGAGCUAGAAGCAGGCAAGGGAGGAGCACGCGGCGCUGGCCGGAAGAGGGAAUUGGGAAUGAGUUCAGAGCGGAUCCGGAUUGACACCAGAAAGGCAGGAUGGCGGCGACCUGAGCGGACCACUGCAAAGUAACGGCACGGCCGGGAAGAUGAACGGCGCGCUGGAGCAUUCGGACCAGCCCGACCCGGACGCCAUCAAGAUGUUCGUGGGCCAGAUUCCGCGCUCCUGGUCGGAGAAGGAGCUGAAGGAGCUGUUUGAGCCCUACGGCGCCGUCUACCAGAUCAACAUCUUGCGGGACCGCAGCCAGAACCCGCCGCAGAGCAAAGGCUGCUGUUUUGUGACGUUUUACACGCGGAAAGCCGCCCUGGAAGCUCAGAACGCGCUGCACAACAUCAAGACCUUAACAGGGAUGCACCACCCCAUCCAGAUGAAGCCCGCUGACAGUGAGAAGUCCAACGCGGUGGAAGACAGGAAGCUGUUCAUCGGCAUGGUGUCCAAGAAGUGCAACGAGAACGACAUCCGGGUCAUGUUCUCCGCCUUUGGCCAGAUCGAGGAGUGCCGGAUCCUGCGGGGCCCCGACGGGCUGAGUAGAGGAUGUGCCUUUGUCACGUUUUCCACCCGAGCUAUGGCACAGAACGCAAUCAAAGCCAUGCACCAGUCUCAGACGAUGGAGGGCUGCUCGUCCCCCAUGGUGGUCAAGUUUGCCGACACGCAGAAGGACAAAGAGCAGCGGCGUCUGCAGCAGCAGCUGGCCCAGCAAAUGCAGCAGCUCAACAGCGCCACCACCUGGGGGAGCCUGACGGGCCUGGGCGGACUCACCCCGCAGUACUUGGCGUUGCUCCAACAGGCCACUUCCUCCAGCAACCUGGGCGCCUUCAGCGGGAUCCAGCAGAUGGCGGGUAUGAGCGCACUGCAGUUGCAGAACUUGGCCACUUUGGCAGCGGCGGCGGCGGCGGCGGCCCAAAACUCCGCCAGCCCGUCCACCGCCAACGCCCUGUCCUCCGGCGCCGCCUCCCUGGGAGCGCUGGCCAGCCCAGCAGGGGGCGCCCCCGCCUGCUCCAGCGCGGGCGGCAUGAGCUCGCUGACGUCGCUGGGCACCCUGCAGGGCCUGGCGGGCGCCACCGUCGGCCUCAACAACAUUAACGCACUAGCAGGUAGCGUCAACAGUAUGGCGGCCCUCAACGGCGGCUUGGGCGGCGGCCUGGCCAACGGGGCGGCGGCGGCGGCGGCGGCAGCGGCGGCGGCGGCGGGCACCAUGGACGCGCUGACGCAGGCCUACUCAGGGAUCCAGCAGUACGCCGCCGCCGCCUUGCCCACCCUCUACAGCCAGUCGCUGCUGCAGCAGCAGGGCGCCGCCGGCAGCCAGAAGGAAGGUCCCGAAGGCGCCAACCUGUUCAUCUACCACCUGCCGCAGGAGUUUGGCGACCAGGACAUCCUGCAGAUGUUCAUGCCUUUUGGGAACGUGGUCUCCGCCAAAGUCUUCAUCGACAAACAGACCAACCUCAGCAAGUGCUUCGGCUUCGUGAGCUAUGACAAUCCGGUGUCGGCGCAGGCGGCCAUCCAGGCCAUGAACGGCUUCCAGAUCGGCAUGAAGCGGCUCAAGGUGCAGCUGAAGCGCUCCAAGAACGACAGCAAACCUUACUGAUGUCGGGCCGGGCCAGGAACAUCAUCUCCAUGCCUGGCUUGCGUGUCCCCCCCCCCCCCCCAGCAAAAACAUUGUCAUUGGCCCCAUCGCCGGCCAGACGAACAAACAAAAACUCAAGCGUCUCAAGGUUGGUGCCUUUUUUUUUGUUUGUUUUUUCCUCUUUUCUCCUCACCUGCGCUGAGCCGCGCUGGCCCCAACGCUGACCCCAACGCUGACGCCUACUGAACAUUUGGAUCACCUUUUGACUUUUUUUGUUUGCAUGUGACCUCAUGUUUUGGUGAGGUGACAACCACAAAUCAAUGUGAAACCAACACAAAAGCUGCACUCAUUGGUACAUUUGCUUGGUCUUUCCUUUGUGACGCGUUUGUGUGUGUGGGGUGGGGUGGGGUGGGGGGGGUGCCCUGGUGUGGCCCAUCUUAAGACUACUUCCGCACAGUUUGGACUCUGAAGCUGUUUUUACAUUUUUCAGGCCGUGUAAAGUUUUUGAUAAGGAGUUUCUCACUAAAGUCUAUAUAGAGAACCACUUUUUUCUAGAGUAGUUUCAAGGGGAACAACAAGAACAACAAGAACAAGGUUUUGAGCGAGAUUGGAGAAAUGCUACCUACUUGUGUGCCCUUCUGCUGAACUGCCUCCCAUGCAGACAGACAAUCCGUGGUUUCAAUGCACAUGAUGAGAUGACCUAUAUUUUCUACUCUUUCAAUGUAUUCAAGUACAAAAGAACAAAGAAAUGUCGGUGCUUCUGGUGACUUUUAAUAUCUCACGGCAAGUCCGAGACGCUCUUGUCUCAUCUAUUCUUUGACCUUAUUUUUCGCUUUGAAAGAGAAGACUCGCGUUUACUUGAACAAUAGCCUUUCUUAGAAAUGUGUCGUUGUUUGUUUGGAUUUGGGUUGUUGGUGUUCUUUUUGUUGUUCUUUUUUCCCCCCGCUUCUUAACCGGUCGUCGUUUAGUUAGCUCGAUAAAAGGAGUCAAAUCUAUAUCAAUGGAAAGAAAUCUAUGAAUCUCUAUAUCUCUAAUGUCAGCUUGUGGAGCAUCAAUGUCAUGAUUUGAUUUGUCUAUGUGAUGGCAACCAAAUAUUUAGACGUGCGUUUUGUGUUUUUGUCCUAUAACCGAGAUUUUGAAAAACAAAAAGUGGACUGUAGUGCCAAAUGGGGAAGAAGCGACUUCCCGCCUAGCGCGUGUGCGUGCGUACCGUCCGUCGCCGUCUUCUUCUUCUUCUCCUUCUCUUUGUGACACGACGACGACGAUGAUGAUGAUGAUGAUGACGAUGACGAUAAUGAUGAUUUGCUAACGCGUAUUUUCUUCUCAGUGUUUUCAUAUUUAAAACUUUCUCGAUUUCAAACGAGAAAAACGCUAGUUUGUUCACUUGUGUGGUCGGUCGGUCGGUCUUGUUGCCUGAGAAAAAUGUCAUGUUUGCUUUUUAUUUAGACUUUUGUUCUCUUUGUAAAAAUGUACAAAAAAAAUGCAAAGUGCCCAUGUGUCACAUAUAUAUAAAUCUAAAUCUCUCUCUAUAUCUCUAGACAUGUGCACACGCACGCACACAAUUGUGCAAGACCUCACUUUGUUGUUGUUGUUAUUAUUAUUAUUAAUGUUAUUAUUAUUAUUAUUAUUA